AUGUCGGCACACACAGUCAAACGGAGGAAAUUGAGUCCUUCGCCCACGAAUGGCACGUCCCCGGCCCAGUCGAAAACUUCCACCGGCGCAACCCCAACAAACUCGAAGGAAGUUACCGAGAAACCGGUUCAUGCCGCCGCACGCAAAGAUGGGCCCCCUUCGAAGCCUCAUCCAGUUCAACGGGCAAAGGAUGAGCGUACCGCGGAACUCGCAAUGGCCAGCGGUUUCUACAAGUCUGGUUUUUUCAAGCUGCAGGUGGAUGAGCUGCUCAGCGGGUUGAGAAUGAACUACGACAAGCGGAUUUCGAAGGUCCAAGACACCCUACACAUGGUGAAGAAUGCGAUUGAAAGCCUUCCCGAAAUAUCACCAAAGUCAGUUGUGGAUGCCGAAAAGGAGCUGCGCACUGCCUCUGGCAUUGUGGUCCCGUGGCCCGAACCGCGCCCAGCCAAGGAUGCGAAGUACACCAUGGCGUAUGCGAAACCAACCAACAUCAAUGUGGUGGGAAGCUUUGGUUUGAGGACAGGAGCCAAGACUGCUGAGUCUCGUCCGGUUGAUCUAGCGGUGACAAUGCCUAGCUCGAUGUUCCAAGAAAAAGACUACGUCAACUACCGGUAUUUCCACAAGCGAGCAUACUACGUCGCUUGCCUGGCAUCCGGGAUUCAGGAAACUGCCCACGAUUUGGGACUGGAGGUCAGGUUUGGCUUUCAGGAUGGAGACAGUCUCCGCCCGCUGAUCCUGUUGGAGUCUCGCCCCUCAAAAGACGACAAGACGCCUUCGGCACCCCAGAUUCGGAUCAUGACUGCCAUUGAACCAGCCUUGUUCCCUAUCACCCGAACCCUCCCGAUGAAGAACAACAUUCGCCAAGGUUCCACAGCUGAUAACACAGAAGCCGGCGAACCAACCCCAUACUACAAUGCCAGUCUCCGAUCCGAGGCCACUGUAUCUCUCUACCAUAAGUAUCUCCACUCCGCCUCUCAGAAAUGCGAGUCCUUUCGUGAUGCGUGCAUUUUGGGACGCAUCUGGCUGCAGCAAAGGGGUUUCCACACCUCGUUCCAAAAUGGAGGCUUCGGAGGCUUUGAGUGGUCGGUGCUCAUCUCCCUGCUUUUCGAAGGUGGUGGGCCUUCUGGGCAACCGAUUCUGCUGCGGUCUUAUAGCAGCUACCAGAUUUUCAAGGCGACGAUGCAAUUCCUUGCUGGUCGGGAUUUGUCCACUCCUUUGCUUCUCUUUGCUUCGGACAUCCCUGUCCCUAAUGGGGGACCUGUUUUAUAUGACGGCCACAGAGGAUUGAAUCUUCUGUACAAGAUGACCGCGUGGUCGUACUCGAUUCUCCGCCACGAGGCUGCGAUCACUCUCAAGAUGCUUAAUGAGUCUCGUGAAGACAACUUUGAUAGAGUCUUCAUCGUGAAGGUUGACGAGCCGGCCUUGAGGUUUGAUCGUCUCCUCACGUUCCCCAAGUCCUUCAACGGUGACACUCUCCGAUCUCUCCACGACCAGAACACAUUGUAUAAAGUUUUGUCGAGAGCUCUUGGAGAUCGUGUCAAGCUCAUUUCUUUAGCCAGCCACUCUGUUGGUUCUUGGCCCGUCAAAUCGAAGGCUCUGAAUAAGAAAGCGAGCCACGGCUUGUCUGUGGGACUCAUGCUCAAUGCUGAUAACGUCGGAAGAGCUGUUGAUCACGGGCCAGCUGCAGAAGAGAAGGAGGAAGCUGCGUCCUUCCGCGAUUUCUGGGGAGAGAAGGCGGAGCUUCGUCGUUUCAAAGAUGGCAGCAUCUUGGAAAGUCUGGUGUGGUCUGACCAGCCAGAUGAGGAUUCCAUUGUGCACCAAAUCCUGGCGUACAUUCUGCAACGACACUUCAAAAUUGCGGAAGAUGACUUCUUUUUGCACGGCGAUGAGUACGAUGAUAUGCUGUAUGACGAAGGUGACGGCGUUAUCUCGUACUCCAACUCACCUUUCCAGUCGAUCAACGAAGCGUUCAGCGAGCUGGAACAGUCACUUCGAAACAUGGAGGAGGUUCCCUUGUCCAUCCGGCAUGUCGCUCCCGCUAGCGCGCUCCUUCGGUACGCAGCUCUGCGAGUGCAGGGUGCUGACGGAGCCAACGAACCUGCUGAUAUUGUCCUUCAAUUUGAAAGCUCCUCACGUUGGCCGGACGAUUUUGCUGCUAUCCAGAUGACGAAGGCGGCUUUCCUCCUCAAGAUCGGAGACUCGCUCCAAUCAGCGGGAGCGGCGUCUGCGUGCCGCGUAGGUCUGGAGAACGAGUCUAGCAAGGUGCUGAACAGCGUCUACCUAGAUAUUUCUCACACCUCUGGAUUCCUCUUCCGCCUGAGGAUUCACCAUGAUCGUGAACAGACUUUGCUUGAGCGCCAGCUCAAGAACAAGUCGAUCAGCCCCCGGGAGCGGGAGGAGGUCGCCUACGCUCUCUUUUCCUACAAGAAGGUUUUCGUCCAGACUCCUCGCUUGACCCAGGCGCUGCGCAGCCUCUGCACUCGCCUCCCACUGCUGUCGCCCACCAUCCGACUGGUCAAGCACUGGUUUGCCUCGCACUUAUUCUCCGCUCAAAUCUGCGACGAGUUGAUUGAGCUCCUAACAACCCGAGCCUUCACACAGCCCUACCCCUGGGAGUGCCCGUCGAGCAUCAUGACCGGAUUUCUGCGCACACUGUACUUCCUGUCCCGCUGGGACUGGCAGCAAGAGCCUUUCAUUGUCGAUUUAAGCGGAGAUCUUGAUCCGGAAGUAACUGAAACUAUCAAGACCCGGUUUACCGCCUGGCGCAACAUUGACCCGGCGAUGAACACCAUUGCGCUGUUCGUGGCCUCGGACCUCGACACCGAGGGCGUGACUUGGACGCAGUACGACAUGCCCUCAAAGGUAGUGGCCGGCCGGAUAUCAGCGUUGGCGAAGGCAGCGAUGAACUUGCUCCGCAAGCAACACGACGAGCUGGAUGUGGCCGACCUCUUCCAGACCUCGCUCGCCCCCUACGAUUUCGUCAUCCAUCUGCGCUCGAAAAUGCUGGGCGACCGGGCCGCGUCGGUGUCUAAAUAUAAGAACCUGGCCGAGGCCAAUGUCAGCGGGCGCGCGGGCAAGAUGUCAAUCGUGAAGUCGUUCAUCCACGACGUCCAAGCAUGCUACAACCAGAGCAUCCUGCUCUUCCAUGGAGACGAGCGGGCUGGCCUGGUCGCAGGCCUGUGGAACCCGCAGACCCUGAAGCCUCGCAACUGGAACCUGAAGACAGCGUAUUCGACGGCGCCAGUGUCAUCCGAUUCUACCACGACGCAAGACCGCGUCACGAUCAAUCAGCCGGCGAUUCUGAACGAGAUUGCCCGGCUAGGCGACGGUCUCAUCGAGACGAUCGAGAUCUCGGACAACAAGCAAGAAGCAUAG